UCGGUGCGGGACCCCCGGGCCAGCCUUAAGUGCUUCUGUGCCUGAACCAUCAGCAUGGCGACAGCUCUGCUUCCCCCUUCGGCAUCACACCCUGGCAUCGCCCCACGCCACGGCUGGUGCACAGACCCCACAGGUGCUGAGAGCCCUGUGCCAGGUGCUGGGCAGGGGACGGGGCACUCAGUGCCACUUGCACAGCGGCCACCAAGUCCAGGGACCUGCCCUGGGGUCCAGGGACUGCGGGGUUGUGCCAGGUGCUCGAUGCCACCCGAGCCUGCCACGGCCCCAGUUAGCCCAGCGGGGUGAGGAGCCGGCCACAGGGAUGGAUGAGGCCAGUCCCUGCCUGCAGUGGAGCCGUGGACAAUGAGCACCUCUGGGACACCACGUGGCACUGGAAUUCCAGCCCCAUGGCCGAGGUGCCAUGGGGUCUUUGUGCUCAGAUGUGGCCACACAUCCCAAGCUGCCCAGAAAAGCUCAAGCAACACAAAAUCAUCUUUGUGGUGGGUGGCCCUGGCUCGGGCAAAGGGACACAGUGUGAGAAGAUUGUGCAGAAGUAUGGCUACACCCACCUGUCCACGGGGGACCUGCUGCGGGCAGAGGUCAGCUCGGGCUCGGAGCGGGGCAAGAAGCUGCAGGCCAUCAUGGAGAAGGGAGAGCUGGUGCCCCUGGACACGGUGCUGGACAUGCUGAGGGACGCCAUGGUGGCCAAAGCAGACGUGUCCAAGGGCUUCCUGAUCGACGGAUACCCCCGCGAGGUGAAGCAGGGAGAGGAGUUUGAGAAGAAGAUCGCGCCCCCCACGCUGCUGCUGUACGUGGAUGCGGGGAAGGACACGAUGGUGAAACGCCUGCUGAAGAGAGGAGAGACCAGUGGGAGGGUGGAUGACAAUGAGGAGACCAUCAAGAAGCGUUUGGAGACCUACUACAAGGCCACUGAGCCUGUCAUUGCCUUCUACAAGAGCAGAGGCAUCGUCCGCCAGCUCAACGCCGAGGGCUCUGUGGAGGAGGUUUUCCAGCAGGUCUGCACCCACCUCGACUGCCUGUGAGCAGCCCCCGGCCCCAGUUCUCCCCAGUGCACUCCAGCAGAGACAGCGGAAGCGGCUUUAUCCUGUUUUCGUGGACGGAGCCGUGCGGAGGAAAUUUCAAGGACAUUGUGUUUGGCUCUUUCCCGUCUCUCCCCAGUAAAGUUCACUUUAAUGAA